AUGGACGGCUGGAGAUCGCCCUGGGCACCCGCAGUGGCCGCCGGCCGGCCGGAGCUGCGCGGAGGCGCCAUGGCCGCCGCCUUAGAGCUCGCCGGAGUUAGCCAUUCUCACGAUUCUGUGUACCAAAAGCCAAGCCGCGGGCACGGGAAGGAGGAGCAGCCCGCGAACUCACCUAGCGUCUUUGAGGUGCCUGUGAGGCAAGAUGAUGCAGGGCUGCACUUCAUGGUGGAUGACGUCACCGCUCUGUUAACGUCCUGUGAGCUGCAUAUUCCUGAGGGGAAUGGCACAGUCAAGGUGGCUACCGGUGUUGUAUCUCCUAUCGACUCCACAAAGACACCAAGGAUCCACACGGUCAUAAUACCACCUGGGACCUCCCCCAACCUAAGUCCGUGUAUCCAUUCACCACAUGACCAUAGUGCCGUGGGACACGACGACGUGGAUGAUUUUAUACAAGACAAGGCUGCAUCCCCACCGCCGGCCGUAUCUCCUCUACAACGGACUCCAACGCCGCUAGCGGCCAAAUCUCCUCCACCACAGCAAGCUCCAACCGCGUCGCCGCCGCCUCCUCCAAUGCCGACACCGGCCGCCUCAUCGGCACUGAUUGGUCCAUCAAGGAACAAGAGCCCCACCGGCCCACAAAGAUCGGUCCAACCUAUGCCGAAGAAACAAGCUGUGGUCACGAAGAUCCCGAAGAUGACCAAGCUUUCAUAUGAGAAGACUGAUAAAGAACUUGAGGCUUCAGUGAAGUCAGAUAUCCAUGAUGAGAGAACUCAGAUUGAAACAAGAUGA